CUUGUUUGGUCGCAAUCGCCCGGAUCCCUCGUUUGGUUUCUAUCGUCUCUUCCUUUCCCUUGCUUCUCCCCCUCCCCGUCAAAAUGCAGCUUUGGCACACCCUCCUCCAGCUCGGUCUGCUGGCUUCGACCGCAGUUCCGACCGGGGCGGCUUCUUGGGGAUUUACUGAUGCCACCGUGUCAGUUCACACCAAGGGCGCCGGGGUUGGUUCGGGGUCCAAGGACGACAUUCCCGACAACAAGGCCCUCACCAAACCGGUCUCGCUCGGCGGCGCGGACACCCUAAAAGUCACCCUGACAGCUCAGGAAGGCCGCUCCGCGAAACGCGCCCAUCAAGUGUUCCUUUUCCUUCAAGACCCUGAGACUGGCCUUGACAUUUCGUAUCCGUUCAAUGUGAAAGAAAAUGGCAAGUCGAGACUGGAGCUGACUCAGAAGGACCUCCCCAUCCAAUUCCUUUCGGCUUCCGAACCCCUCGACGCGAGAUUCCUUGUCGGUUCGUUUGGUAACUCUGAAGCAUACAACGGCGCCGCGUUCCCUCUACUAGUGACUCGCGACCCUGAUGUGCCGGUCCCUACGGUCGAGACCUCGAGAUAUGGCAAGCUUCCUGAGAUUCACCACAUCUUCAAUGGCGACCCGCAAAGCCCUCCCGUUGUGAUCACGCUUGCCUUCGUUGGCACUGUGCUUGCUGCUUUCCCCGUUCUGGCUGUUUUGUGGCUUUUCCUCGGCGCCAAUGUCAGCCAUCUUCCCACCGCUCUGAAAUCCGCUCCUAUUCCUCACGCCGUGUUCCUUGCAUCGCUUGUCUCGCUCGAAGGGAUCUUCUUCCUGUACUAUACUUCCUGGAACCUCUUCCAGAUUCUUCCUGCCGUCGCCACGGUCGGCACGGUUGCCUUCGUCAGCGGCAGCCGUGCGCUGGGCGAGGUCCAGGGCCGACGCCUGGCGGGUCUUCGGUAAAUUCGUCCGGUACUGAAUUUGCCGGCAGUUCGUUGGAACUGUCACUUUCGCAGCUGUCUUGCGCGAUACCUCUUCAUGUACGAGUCUCUAUGUCUGCACAUGUAUAGAAAAUGUAGCAGACGAACCAAUCAAGAUGAAUAUCUG